AUGCAUUCUCGCAACAUGGUCAACAAACCUUCCAACCAACCAGGUCCGCAUGUUCCUAGCGACACUGGCAAAGACAAUGAUGCCCAGGGCGUCAGGAAGCGCGACGUAAUCCACGAAAUCUUCAGCUUCUCCAAAAAACCCAAGACCAAAGAGGUCGAUGUUACGGCCACCAACCAGGAAUUGAGUACUCAAGACCUUCCUCAAGUUGUAGGACCGCCUACUGCAUUCUCAGCCAGUGACAUCCACUCUAUGGACAAUCACGUUCUUGCUUCCACCCCUCUAGUUGACAAUCCCCUGCCUACACCUGUUGAAACCAAGUGGAUCUCGAACAUCUUUCUCGAGAACUUGCCCUCGCCUAUGGUGAAAACUGAGUUGCCUGCUGUCUAUGAUCGCAUUGAGGUCACUCAGCAGUUGGCCUAUUGCUGUGCCUUGCUUCUCCACGGUUCGUUUCUUCCCCAAGUCACCGCUGCUGAACUUGAAGAGCAGGCCCGCGAUCCCGCCAUAACACUGCAGAGGUUCCCAAACCUCAACAAGAAGGAACUUGAUUGGCUUGCAGAGAUGGGCAAGAACUUGCCUGCGAAGGAACGUAUCUCCUGGUUGGGAACACGCAUGGUAGACGAGUUUGCCAAAGAUGUCCUCAAAGACUCGACCGAGAUUGCUGAGAUUGUCCUUCUUGGCCCUGUCUUGGACAAGGAGACUUACCGCAGCCUGCUGUCGUGCACCAUCACCGCAUUCGAGCAGUCUGUUCUUCUGAAUGUCGAUCUACUGCAAGGCGUAGUUCAGUUGGUCCAAGUGGCCCCUCCUGACUCUCUGAUCUCGGACGACUUGGUCAAGAUCCUCCGUGUCCUUAGGAUUUGCUUGCAGGACACCCACCAGAAGUCCUCGGCACACCCUUUUCAUCUCACGUUGGCACUGUCGCGACUUCUUGACGUGAUGGCAGAGCACAAGGUCAAGGAUUUGAACCGCGUCGAGGAUCGUGAGCCUUUGUCGGGAAUCUUGUCAGGACUAGAGGGUAGCUCGGAUCCGUACCUGAUGUACCAAGCUUGCUAUGCGUUCCAGGCGCUGCAGUAUAUCCCUGAUGAUGAGAGCGCUCUUCAAUCAGUUCUUCGACACGGGACUGGGGUUGUCAAUGGCCUCAUCCAGGUUUCAGGCGUGUUCAAGCUGGAUCUAGAAGCAGUUCUUGAGGGUCUAAGCAACCUUCAAGAAGCACUCGGUGGCAUCAUGGGAGUUGCCAGUGAUGUCUACAAGGGUGUGAACUCUGUGAUGGAGAGCGGCCGUGGAGUUCUGGAUGGUCUCAAGGAAGGAUUCUCUGAAGGAAAGAAGCGUCCAUGGUACGCAGCCAUCCGUGUUGCUCAGGCUCUUCUCCAAGCUGGCCAGCUGAAGGAUCUCAACCAACUCAUAUACGAGGCACCUUGUCGUGGUGACCCCUUGUUCCAAUGGGGUAUCUGCCAGCUUCUGGGAGAGAUCGCAUCCGAUGUUAUCUGGGAUACCAAUGUCCGCCAGCAAGCCGUCGACUUUCUCGGAGACCUGUACAAGAACGAUUCACAGUGGGGAGAGGACGAGGGCGUCAAGACCUGGAUGUUUCAGAUUAUUGGUCAACUCAGUACUGUUUCUGACCAGGCCGUCAAGACCAUUGCCAUUACCUUGCUCAAAGUCCUCCACCAAGAUCAAGGCACCACCAUCCGACUUCCAUACCCGCUGAGGAACCGUCUUCCUCCGCCUACAUUGUCUCCGAUCCUGGCCCGCGUUCAAAACAUUACUCCCCUCGAAUACGAUUUGUGCCAGUAUCAAUUCCAGCGAUUGCAGCAGCAUCGCCAGACGGUCUAUAUCCCACCGUUGGCGAAACCUAAUCUGAAGGCCAAAGAUGAGGAUAUCUUCCCUCUGCUGGAGAAGGUGUUAGAGUUCCUGGCGAGCGAGCAACAAGUGAUGUUGGUACUGGGUGACUCUGGGUCUGGCAAGUCGACAUUCAACCGCCAUCUCGAACAUCGACUCUGGACCGAUUACAAGCAGGGUGGGCCUAUCCCCCUGUUCAUCAACCUUCCCGCCAUCGACCACCCAGACCAGGAUUUGAUCGCCAAGCAUUUGCGGGCCAACAACUUCAGCGACGAUCAGAUCCAGGAGAUCAAGCAGCACCGCAAGCUUGUCCUCAUAUGCGAUGGGUACGACGAGAGUCAGCAACAGGACAACCUCCAUCGAAGCAAUGCGCUGAACCAGCCAGGACAGUGGAACACCAAGGUGGUCAUCAGUUGUCGUACCCAGUUCCUCGGACCCACCUACAUCGAUCGGUUCAAGCCGCAGCCGACAGAUUGUUACGCUACUGCUCCUCAGGAUGUCUUCCAAGAAGCUGUCAUCACCCCCUUCUCCAAGGAUCAGGUCGAGAGCUAUGUCGAGCAGUAUGCCCAAGAUCCACAGAUGGCGCUUUUAUUCAGAAACCAGAGCCAGUCUGCCUGGUCCUCGGAGGAGUACAUGUACAAGUUGACAGCCAUCCCCAAUAUCAUGGAUCUCGUCAAAAACCCAUUCUUGCUCACUCUCGCUCUCAAGGCUCUGCCUGGCCUGGUCGCGUCGAACAAGGAUUUUGCGAGCAUUCGCAUCACCCGCGUUCGCCUUUACGAUAUGUUUGUAGACCAAUGGUUGGAGACGAACCGACUACGCAUCCAACCCAACAAGCUGAGCCAGAAGGACCUGGAAGCAUACACCUCCCUGAUGGACGACGACUUUAUUGGAUGCGGAGUCGGCUACCUGCUUCGUCUAGCUGCGGCCAUUUUCAGGGAGCAGGACGGCAAGCCGGUUGUCCAGUAUGUCCAUCGACAGGACAAGGACUCUUGGAAGGCGGAGUUCUUUGGGACUAAUCCCGAGGCCACGUUGCUCCGUGAGGCCUCGCCGUUGUCGCGCACGGGCAACCAGUUCCGCUUCGUACAUCGAUCAGUGCUGGAAUAUCUUCUCUCUCGCGUCAUCUUCAACCCGGUCGAGAAUGUGGGGGAAGACAUGGAUCCACAAUCUGAGACCGCAUCCCCUACCGCUCUCUCGUCGAACGGCAACAACCCCCUGUUCCAGAGGAACCUACUUGGUGAGCCAUCCAUCAUCCAGUUCCUGUGCGAUCGGGUCAAGUCAACCCCAGAUUUCGAGCAACAACUCCGGGCUGUGAUCGACCUGUCCAAGUCCGAUGAGACUGCAACCAUCGCCGCCAUCAACGCCAUUACGAUCCUCGUCCGAGCUGAUGUGGCCUUCCACGGUGCCGAUCUCCGCGGCGUCAAGAUCCCUGGUGCCGACCUUUCGGGUGGUCAGUUUGACUAUGCGCAGUUCCAAGGAGCAGACUUGACGCGUGUCAAUCUUUCGAGGAGCUGGUUGCGAGGGGCGGAUUUGAGCGGCACAAAGAUGGAUGAUGUCCAAUUUGGGGAACUACCGUACCUGGAGUUCGAAAAUAGUGUGCGUACCUGUGCCUACUCGCAAGAUGGAAGAAUGCUUGCCUUAGGUGUAGGGUUUUUGAGAAUUGACGUUAGCAUUUACGACACCUCAUCAUGGACGAGCACCUAUUCCUUUACAGGACCGGAUGACGUGCGAACUAUGGCAUUUUCACCCGACGGCACAAAGGUCGUGUUUGGAGGGAAUGAUGGGUUUGUUAGGCUGUGGGAUUGUGCCAGCGGCCAAGAGAUAUUCGUCAUGAAUGGGCACAAGAAAAUUUUGAACUCCAUUGCCUUUUCGCCCUGUGGCCAACAAAUCGCCUCGGCUGGAUAUGACCGAACAGUACGAGUGUGGGAUUCUCAGACCGGAGAGAGUCUCUUUGGCUUGGAGGGUCACACGGAUGAGGUCCAAAGCGUCAAGUAUUCUCCGAGCGGAGAGUGGCUGGUGUUGGGCGGUUCUGAUGGUACGAUUCGGUUUUGGAACUCGGAGACAGGAGCAGCAGGGAUUGUUUUGCACUCUUCCUUGGGUGCGGUUUGCACUCUUGCCUUUUCUUCUGAUGGACGGUGGAUAGCUUCUGGUCAUACGGAUGGCGGAUUGCAACUUUGGUACGCGGUGUCUGGAGAGCCAGGUCCUGUCCUGCAUGGUCAUACCUUUAACGUUACGGGUAUUGCGUUUUCUCCAGACAGCCGGUGGAUCGCUUCUUCCAGCGGUGACCACACAGUGAGACUAUGGGAUGCGUCGACAGGCACUCCCAUUAAUACGCUGUCUAGCCAUAAGUCCUUUGUGCACGAUGUCGUCUUUUCUCCGAAUGGCCAUCAAAUCGCAUCAGGUGGUACUGACACAAGAGUGCGACUGUGGGAUGUCGACUCUAUAUUGACGUCGAGUGUUAAGCAGCAGGAUCAAAUCGGGCCAGUAAGGAAGACAGUGUACUCCCCAGAUGGCCAAGCUAUACUUACAAGAGGUCAAACCGUCAAGCAAUGGGAUUCUAUGACAGGAGUGCCCGUACCACUUUCGAUCGAGUUAUCGGAAUUUCUAUUAGUCGAAUCCGUGUCAUAUUCAUUAGACGGCAUCCCAACCGCUGCCGUCGAUCAAAACGGGACUGUUCGAUUGUGGGAGCUUCAGGAAGGAGGACGAAAGACUACUCUGGAAGGCUCAUGGUCGGCGGAGUACGCUACCAUGUCGCCUUGCUGUCGUUGGAUCGUGUCUGUUGACCGGGACGAUACCGUGACGUUGUGGGACCUUGACAACACUCAACAAAAGCACGUACUUAUUGAGAAUAGCGGAGUCAAUCAAGAGGAAUUCAUCUGCUUGGCAUUCUCGACGACUGGACAUCAGCUCGCAGUCGGAACUGGGACUGGCAACAUCUGGCUCUUCGAUCCUCAAUCGAAAGGUCUAAUAACGUUCAAGUCGACACAUUGGGUUAUUGCGGCGAUGUCGUUUUCGCCGGACUGCCGGCAGCUUGCAGUCGGGACCGAUGGAUGCUCGGUCUACCUUUGGAACUUCCAGUCAGAGGAGCGUGCUAUCGAGCUGGAAGGACACACACAGAUGGUGAAAUGCAUUGCCUACUCACCUUGCGGCGAAUGGAUUGCUUCCGGCAGUGCGGACUAUACAGUUCGAGUCUGGCGCAGGCGGCAACCGCCAGGUAAUACGGAGAACUGGUCGUGUGUUUCGACAGUCCGUGGUUACUUUGGCGUAGUCAGUGACAUUGCCUGGAGUCCGACCGUCCCUAUGGAAUUUGUCACUGGCUGCGAGGACGAAUCAGUCCGGGUCUGGCGAGUGUCGAUCGAUGGUGAGGAUGUUGUCGUCAAGAUGCUCUGGGGUACUAAUCUUGCGGUUCUUCACGCCGAGGGUCUUGUGCUUAAGGGUACAACUGGUCUUGGUUUUACAGAGCAGAAGUUGUUGGUCCAGUGCGGCGCCAUUGACGAUUCAUUGACAUUGGAGGAAGAUGGACGAUCGGAUGUUGAGGAGUAG